AUGCUGGCCUCAAUACGUGGAGGAUCACGGCUUGGUCGCAGCCUCACGGCUUCGCUGCUCGUCGCUGGCCGCCUGGUUCAGGCCGCUGGUUACAGCUUGGACCUGACAUCGCAACAAUCCAUUAAGGAUACCGCCAAGGGCCUCGCCGACGACAUGCUUUCCUUCUACUCUGGCAAUAAACCUGGUGGCAUUCCUGGUCUGCUGCCGUCACCAUACUAUUGGUGGGAAGCCGGUGCCAUGUUCGGCGCCCUCAUUGACUACUGGUACUACACCGGAGACGACGAGUACAACCAGCUAGUCUCUGAUGGCUUGCUCUUCCAGGUCGGCACUAACAGAGACUACAUGCCAAACAACCAAACCUUGACUGAGGGUAACGACGAUCAAGGCUUUUGGGGCCUUGCUGUCAUGUCUGCUGCCGAGUACAACUUUCCGAACCCCCCAGACGACCAGCCCCAGUGGCUGGAGCUCGCCCAGGCCGUCUUUAACACCCAGGCCGCCCGAUGGGAUACGCAAAACUGUAACGGCGGCCUGCGUUGGCAAAUCUACCAAUGGAACAAAGGCUACGAUUAUAAGAACUCCAUUUCUCAAGCCUGCUUCUUUGCACUCGGUGCUCGGCUUGCGCUCUACACAGGAAACCAAACCUACGCAGAUUGGGCUGAAAAGACCUGGGAUUGGAUGUGGUCGACUGGAUUUAUCAACAAUGAAACCUACUACGUCAUCGACGGUGCCGCCAUUGGUAGCAACUGUACCUCCUUCAGUCCCUACCAGUUUAGUUACAAUGCUGGUGGCUUUAUUCUCGGAGCAGCCGCCAUGUACAACCAUACCGAGUCCCAAGCUUGGAAGGAUCGCCUCGACGGUCUUAUUACAGGCUCCGAAGUAUUUUUCGUCGGCGACAACAACGACAUCAUGUCCGAGGUCGCCUGUGAGCCUGUCGACCGCUGCAAUAUUGACCAACAGUCUUUCAAGGCUUAUUUGUCCCGAUGGCUCGCAGCUGCCACUAAAUGGGCCCCCGACACGUACGAAACUGUGAUUCCCUACCUGACGGCAUCUGCCAAGGCUGCUAUCAACCAGUGCGUUGGAGGUAGCAACGGCAGAAUGUGCGGGCUGAAAUGGGCGAGGAACGAGGGCAAAUAUGACGGAACUACCGGUGUCGGUCAACAAAUGGCCGCACUGGAGGUUCUUCUUUCUACCACCAUCAAGAGCCGCGGGGCCCCGCUGACAGCCAAUACGGGAGGCACCAGCAAGGGUAAUGUCAAUGCAGGCGCCGGCGAUAUUGGCAGAAAGGACCCAAUUCCCAUUUUUGCGCCCCCCACUGCUGGAAUGAAGGCUGCUGCCGCAUUCCUCACACUUGCCAUACUGACUGGGCUUGCUGGCGCCGUUGCCUGGCUUCUCUUUGACGAGACCUCGGACCAGAAAAUGAUGGCCCAGGUUAAGGGGUCUCUUGCUAAUUUUAAGUCCACGAUGGCUGGCGGCGCAGCCGGGGAAACAGGGGCGGCCCUGGGAGCUGGAGGCGUGUUCGUGAGCGCAACAGCAGCAGAUCGUCGACGAAGCACUCCGAUAGACGAAAAAGCUGCCCAGACUACGACGGGGUACGUGAGCUCACGCAGCUCACGCAUAAGCGACAGAGCCAUCAGCGACAGGGCUAUUGAGGACAUGCCUGUCCUGGUCAAUCGCGUGCGCAGCGAUAGUGGCAACGGCGCCCGCCGAAUGUCCAACAUGCCUAUAGGAUGGCCGCGAAACUCGGUGGCGCGGCCAGGAUCAGGACUGGUGGGCCAGGCUCUCACGACGGAUGAAACCGAUCGCAUUGAGCCGGUCGGUCCAGAACACAACAGGUAA